UGCAACUGCCCUGCUUAGCUGCCAAACUGCCCCACUUAGUUGGCUAGCUACUGAGCCCCUCCUUCCCUUUCCCCCUUCUCCCUUCCUCAGUUCCCCCUUGCCCUAGCUCCUUUCUGAGGAGUAUUUAAGACAUGAAACUUGCUUAAAUAAAGGGGAUGCCUUGACAAGGAAUACUGCUUGGCUUCCGUUUUUCUCUCCCCCCAUGUCUUUCAGAUAGUGCCUCUUCAAGACCCUGGAGUAACUUAGGACCUGCUGGGCGGGUCAAGUGGCGCCCGAACAGGGACCAGUGGCGCCUGAACCAAGGACUUGAAGCAUGGCCUCCUAUCGGGCACCCCGGGACCAGGAGAAAAAAGGAGAUUCUGCAGCUGUAGGACUCGGACAGAUCUGCAGGACAAGUUCUGUACCAGAGUGGUGGCGAGAGCAACAGCUUCUGGAUUUGUUCUUAUGUAUCAGUUUGUCUUUGAUAAAAUGGGACAACAAUUAACUACCCCUUUAACCCUGACUUCAGAUCAUUGGAAGGAGGUUAAAGAUCAAGCUCAUAAUUAAUCUGUUAAAAUUCAGAAGAAAUGCUGGCAGAUGUUCUGUUCCUCAGAAUGGCCCUCUUUUGAGGUAGGCUGGUUGCAGGACGGGACAUUUAACUUGGAUACUAUCUUACAGGUCAAGGAAAAAAUCUUUCAAACCUGCCCACAUGGCCACCCAGACCAGGUUCCCUACAUCGUUACCUGAGAAAGCUAGAUUUUUAUACUGUGGUGCCUGAAAAUGUAAAACUACUGGGGAUGCUUAUUGAAAACCUAGUUCUUCUUGGGACUGGAUAACUGUUCGUAAAAAUUAUACUUCCAAAGCAAAGCUCCAUGUGAAGCACAAAAACCUGUGACAUCUCCCACACUUGUCUCCCAGGGGCAAGCAACAGGACUGUCUCCAUGGGUGUCAGGAAGGACUUGGGGCAUGCGAUGGUAUUUCCCAAACAGGAUACAGCAGCAAGAUUUAGGUGCCACCUUCACCAUUAAGCUAAAGGUAGAAAACCAAGUACUACCUGACCAGAGAGCCUGCUGUUGCUGGCUGGACUAAGCUACUCUCCCUGCUUCUUUGCCAGCACCUCCCACCACCAACCAAGAACUAUUCAACCUUGUGCAGGGAGCCUUUUUCUUGCUAAAUAGUACUGACCCCAGCUUGACACAAUCUUGCUGGCUAUGCCUGUCAGCAGGAUCUCCCUAUUAUGAGAAAAUAGCCUUAUCUGGCAGUUUCAACACUCAUACAUCCUGUAGAUGGGGGCAACAGAAAAAGUUAACCUUAACAAAAGUAUGUUGGGGACUCCAACCCCUCAAUAUCAGUACAUGUGUAACCUAACUCUCCUAAAUCACAAGAGGACAGGAAACUGGUACCUGGUACUCUUUAUUGAUCUAUGAUGAGCCUACAACAUUGGUUUAACCCUUGUAUCUCUGAUGAUACUGCUAAUUUCUGUGUAUUGAUCCAAUUAGUCCCCCAAAGGAUAUUCGGCCAAAUAAGAGGGGGAAAUGUAGAACUUUAAGAAAAAUCUGAAGCCAUUUCUGACGACUCUCUGUACUUCCCCACCUCCCCUGGGAACCAAGGACAUAACAACUAUACAUGCAUGUACUGAGAUGUUGAAAACUUUCCAUCUCCCUGAAUAGGGGCAUGAUAACCCUUAGGUGUUGACUCAGUUACUGAUGUUUUGACUUAGUCCCUGGGAAGGGGCAAAGUGACCCUCAGAAGUUUCCCUUUACUUCAUCUGAUCUGGCAACCACUCUCCAGCUAAUUAUUGGUAAUAGCCUUUUUGAAUAAGCCAAUCAUAAUAGUUAAAGAACAACUCCCUGCCAUACUGAGCAGAAGCUUCCAGGCAGGUUUGCAAAAAGGACACUAGCCUCCAAAAACUACAGCUUCAGGACAGUAAAAGGAAGGGAUGAAAUCAAGAACCAGAAUGCUGAGUGUGGGCAGCAGGGCUGACUGGAGGCAGGACGUCGACUUCAGUUUCCAGGCACAGAUGGAGAUCUGUUCUUCCUUCCAUGUGUACUGCAAUCAUCUGUGUGCUAGGAGAUACUCUGCAAGUGAUCAGAGUGGAGGCCCUUUCAGGGACCAACGUGGGCCAUGAGUUGCCAGCAGUUUCACACUGUACAGUGUAAAAUUAUGUGUGGCUGGAAUAGGAAUCAGCCGUAAACAGCAAAGGAAUUCUGACAUACAGUACAACAUGAACGAAACAUUUUGUUGAGGAAGAAAAGGGGAAAUGGUGAAGGAGAUCCUUCUGUCUUUGUGUUGCUUUCAUUGGUUAAUAAAGAAACUACUUUGGGCUGGUUGAUUGGGCAGAAAUGAAUGCGGGGAGAAAGAAGAGCAGAGUCAGAGAGAUCUGCUGGGGACAGACGCUGGAAAUUUUACCCGGUAAGCCAAUGCCAUGUGGCAAUACACAGAUUAAUAGAAAUGGGUUAUAUUAAAAUGUAAGAAUUAGCCAAUAAGAAACUAGAGCUAACGGGCCAAGUGGUGAUUUAAUUAAUACAGUUUCUUUGUGGUUAUUUUGGUGCUGAGAUAGCCAGGCAGCCGGGAUGAACAAACAACUCCUUGCAACAAAUAUGUCUCAAAAAUGCUUUCCACUUAAAGAGUAUGUGAAAAAUUUCCUUUUGGUUCUAAUAAAAAUGGGUCAUUGUGACUUUUUCAAGGGAAAGAGUCAUAGAAUGAUGACAGCAUAUGAAGGUUCCGAGCAGUCUGAGGAGCUGCUUGGAGGUAAGAUACUCUGGAAAAAAAGACAUAAUAUAGAUGGCCCUUCUUGAGAAGUUUGUGGUAAAAGGAAAGGACAGAAAAGAUUAGACAAAGGAUUUCUAUGUAGUUCAGAGAAAUGUAACCAUGAUUAAUUUCCAAAGGAAGGAUUCCCUAGAAAAAGACAUUAAAGAUUGAGGGACUUCUUGGUAUAUUGAGGGCAUGAGGUUACAAAACAGGAAGAUGGGGAAAAUCUCAGACUGGAAAAUAAAGGAAAUAUCAGUAUGAUUGGAAGAAGUGUACACACAGCCUAAGAUAUGUGUAAGUUUGUCAGCUAGACCCCUACAGCUUCAGCUUAGUCAGUUUCCCCAUGCAGUACUGAGGAAGUUGUAAGGGAACUUGAAUGUGUAGGAGGGUGAGGGUUUGAUUCCUCUGCUCUUGACUGUGGAUGUAAACAUCUGCUUGACUUCCUGGCAGUGAUGGGCUAUAACAGGAACUCUUUCCUACCCAUUGUUUUUACCAGAGUAUUUUAUCACAGCAGCAGAAAGAGGAAUUAAACGUGGAAAUGACAAAAAGUAAAAAUUCAGAACGUAUCAAAUAGGCUUAAGUAUGUUCUGUGUUUUUUCAUCAGGUAUCAUAAGACCAGCAAUAGCUAUGGCAUGGUAGUGAUAACAUUCUUCCUAAGUUGAAGUUUUACAAGGGUUAAGCAAGGAGUCAGAUGGGCAAGACUUCACAGAGGAAGCAGUGUGACUGGAAGAACCUAUCAAAGCCAAAGCCUUGUUUACACGCCUCAAUUCCCUUGAGGAUGUCCAAUUACACAUUCAAGAGGCCAGUCACUAGAAUCACAUCCCAUGUGGGCAAUGAGGUAAGAUAUCAUCAGUGGGAGGAGACCUUGGUCAAGCCCCAACAAGCCUGCUGGCAGAAGAGACUACAAGGACUCCAGGCCUACAUCAGUGCAGGAGAACUUUUGAGCACCUCAGAUCUUGCCAAAGCUUUGCAAGAUCUUAGACCUGGAGGCACAGAUGCGUCUGUUUCAGAGACUCAAGCAAACAAUGUUGACUGUAGGUCAACCCAUGAGUCAUCUUCACAUUUGGCAGACAUGAUUCCAGAAGCAGGUAUCCCACAGAGCCUUUACAAUCAAUUUCUCGUCACUGAAGAAGAUAUUAGCAAACAGGAAAAGAAAGUGAAAAGAGCAAGAGAAAGACUGGCAGUUGCCAUGAUUGCACACAGGCUAGCAAACGAGGCAGAGAAAGUGAGGGGGUCAAAGAAGGCAACCUUAUAAAUACAGGGAGGGGAAGCUGGGGAGAAGAUACUGCAGAGGGAAUGCAGAAUUGUUUUAAUACUUCUUUGCAGUGUCUCUUGUUAUUGUUUUAAGAGUUGAAACUUUAAACUUAACAACACUUCAAUAAAAUUCUUUGUUCAAUGAAAAAUAUAUAAAUGAUAAUUAUUAUUUUUCUCUUACUCUACCCACCUCUUUCUCUGUAUUGAAGGUCAAACCCAACUUUUUACUCAUACAAGGUGAAUACUCUACCAUAGACCUACAUCACCCAGCCAGUAAUUAUUAUUUUUUAAAAUCAUUUUGGGGGCUUGAGAGAGGGCUCUGUGAUGAAGUUCACUGGCCAGGUAUAACUUCCCCACAUCUACAUAGCAGAUUACAACUAUCUAUAAUUUCAAUUCCAAGGGGAUCCAUUGCUCUCUUUUGAUCUCCACAGACACUAGGUAUACACACAAUACAUAGACAUAGAUGAAAGCAUAUACAUACCAAAUUAUUUUUAAUUAUGUGUGUCUAUGUAUUGCUAUGUGCACAUGAGAAGAGGUACAUGAAGUGACCAGAAGGUUUUGUAUUCCCUGGAACUGUAGCUAUAGGCAGUUGUAAGCCAUCAUGCACUGGCGUUGGGAACCAAACUUGGGCCCACUGUGAGAGUUUUAACUGAUCUUAAAUAUUGAACCAAAUCUCUAGCCCCAGUAAUUUUUUUUUGAGAUGAGAAUUGAGAUGAGAAAACAUUUUUCUAAGUUCUUUAUAGUCCUAUAUUCACUCACCAUUUUAUUUUUUAAAAAGCUUAUGUACAUGAGUGUUUUACCUACAUGUAUGUCUGUGAACAGUAUGCAGGGUUGGUGUCCAUGGAGGCCAAAAAAGGAUAUUGGUUCCCCUGGAACUUGAGUUAUAGACAGUUGGGCGCUUCCAUACAGAUUCUGGGAAACAAACCCAGGUCCUCUGGAAGAACAUAAAGUACUCUUAACUUCUAAGCCAUCAUUUACUAGAUACCUAAUAGUCUUGCAUUUCAUUAGUAGUGUUUAAAAAUAUUUUUGCCUUCUGACAUUCUCAGAAUGCACAGUCUCAUAGUAAUCCCUCUUUUUUGCCUUUACAGUCUUUUUGUCCCUUCUUAGCAAUGAUCCCUAAACCUUAGGUUCAGGGGUUACGUUAUAUGUGUAUCCAUUGGGACUGAACUCACAGCUCUGCAUUUUGAUUGGUUAUGAUUUUCUGUAAUGGUGUGUGUCUGCUGUAAAAGAAAAGUUCCUUGAUGCAGGGAGGACUACACUUAUCUGUGUAAAGGUAUAUGAUACAGUGUUUUGAUGUGCCUAUAUAGUAAGAUGACUUUACAAAUUAACAGCUAUUGUGUAUUACUUUUCUAAUUACUAAUGAAAUACAUGUCAAGUCAACUUGAGAAAAGAGGUUAGUUUGCUUCAUAGUUUGAGGGGGCAGUCAGAAGGCUUGGCAGCAGCAAUAUGAGAUAGCUUCUCACAUUGUAUUUGCAGUCCGUAAACAGAUAGACAAUGUUGGGUUUCUAUUAACUUCCUCCUAUUUAUUUUCUUCUUAUUCAGUCUGAGAUCUCAGGCCAUUAGAUGGUACCACUCAUGUUUAGGAUGGAUCUUCUUUCCCCAAUUAAACUAAGUGUAUUAGACUAAUACAAGUGUAUUACUUGUAUUACUAAUACAUUUGUAAACUAAUGCACUUGUAUUAAACUAAUACAAGUGACAAAUCUUUACAGUACACAAGAGCAUUUGCCAGACCUGCUGACAUAGCUUUUAUAUGCCCAGCAACUGAGGAGGUGGAUGUGUGUACGUGGGGUCAGAGUUACAAGCAUUGACUACAGAUCUACAGGGGGCACCACAGAAUUCUGUAGUGCCUUGUCCUUACAGAUUGUGAUGGCUUAUUCUUGGCUGUUAACUUGAUCACAUAUGGAAUUAGCUAAACCACAAAAGGCUGGGCCCAUCUCUGAGGGAUUUUUUUCUUAAGUCAUUUGAAGGGAAAACUCACUUUUAUUUUGUAUCUCUGGUAAGAUACACCUUUAAUCCAGAUCUUUUGAAGUGGGAAAAUCAACCUUUAAUGUGGGCCACACCUUCUGCUGGCAGCCCUUGGAAAGACUUGGAAGAAAUAAGUUUGCUUCUCUCUUUGCUUGUUCUUGCUUUCACUAUCAAUUCAAUUCCUUCACUGGCAUUACAGCCCAUUUCUUCAGGAGUCUGACAUAUACUGAAGACAGUUAAGAUGUCCAGCCUUGUGGACUGAACAAGUACUGAAUUCCUGGGCCUUCCAUUAAUAGAAAGCCAUUGUAUGCUAACUGGACCAUAACCUGUGAGACAUUUUAACUAAUCCCCUUUCUCUUCCCCUGUAUGUAUGUAUUAUAUAUAUAUGUAUGCAUGUAUAUAGAUAAUAGAUAUAGACUAUAUAUAGUUGUAAUAAACAGGUAUAGGCUUAAUCUGCCUAGCCACAAUAUAUUGGAUUUAUACAAUGUUUCAGUAUUCAUUUAAGUAACAUUUUAAGUUUUAUGUCUGUUUUCUAGAUAACUUUUAUUACAUUUUGUGGGUGUGAGUGUGUGUAUGCACAUGCAUGUGGUGCCAGGUAUCCAUGUGACAGUCACAGAAGUGCUUGGGGUUAUUGGUUAACUCAUUCUACUAUGAAAACCCCAGAAAUCAACUCAGGAUUUCAAGUUUGGGAGUAAGAGCUUUUAUCUGCUGGGAUUACAUGUGUGUGCUGCUACACCAGGCUGCCUCUAUUUCUUUUGAUAGUUUGUCUACAGCAGUACCUUGAAUUUAAGUAAUUCUUUUCCUUCCUGCUCUACCUAGCUCAUGUCUUUGAGUCUCCAUCCCUUUAGCUAUUAUGAGUAAAUAAAAUCAUUGAGGAUGGUGUCUUUGUCUAUGUCCAUGGGAUGCUGCUAUAACACAAAGCCACAGACCACUCAACUAAUAAUUUAUUCUCUUACAGUUUUGGUGGCUGGGCAUUCCAAUAUCAAGGUAGUUGCAUCUGAGGUGUAGCUUCUUGCAUCAUCCUUCUCUGGUAGAAGGUAGAAAAACAAAGGAGGAAAAAUGAUAAGUACCUUUUUGGAAUCAAAGGAGGCAGAAGAACCAAUGCCCACAAGAUCUUUGUCAAUAGCAAUUUGAUUCCAUUUGUGGUGAUAGAGAGAUCCUACAUUAUCAGAACACUUAUUAUUCUCAACUUUCAAAAUGAUUGCCUUGGUACUCUGUGAGUUUGGGGGCAAAACCUGAAAAAAAAAACACUCAUCCCUGAGAGACCAAAGAAACAAAACCACCUAAGUCUAGUUGGUGAACCACUGGAGUUGCUUACAGGUAAAGGUAGCUGAUCACAGAAGUGUCUACCCCAGGAUGGGGGACUACUAUUCAAGACAGCUGUAGCCUUGAGGAUCCCUGCAGAAUCUGAAGGCAGUUACAUGGGUAUUCUCCUGUGGCCAGCAAUUGUUUACUGUGUUUUAUCC